AUGAGGUUCCUUGAUCUGGUCCGUCCGGCGAUGUUCCUCAUGCCUGAGGUUGCCUCGCCAGACAGGCGAAUACCAUUCAAGGAGAAGAUAUUGUGGACGGCUAUGGCAUUGUUUAUUUAUCUUGUCUGUUGCCAAAUCCCACUGUACGGAAUUGCAACUAACAAGAAUGCUGAUCCCUUCUACUGGAUGCGUGUCAUUCUAGCAUCCAAUCGAGGGACUUUGAUGGAGCUGGGUAUAUCACCCAUCAUCACAUCGGGUAUGGUAAUGCAACUCCUUGCUGGCUCCAAGAUCAUCGAGGUCGACCAGAGUUUAAAGGAGGAUCGUGCCUUAUUUAACGGCGCUCAAAAGCUAUUGGGCAUCCUCAUCACAUUGGGAGAGGCAGCAGCUUAUGUGAUGUCUGGUAUGUAUGGUGAUGUUACCGAGAUAGGUGCGGGCAAUGCUCUUCUUAUCAUCAUCCAGCUCUUCUUCGCCGGGGUCAUCGUGCUACUGCUCGAUGAAUUGCUUCAAAAAGGGUACGGUUUGGGAUCGGGUAUCUCCCUGUUCAUCGCCACCAACCUCUGUGAGAACGUCAUCUGGAAAGCCUUCUCUCCUACUACGCUGAACACUGGCAAAGGCACCGAGUUCGAAGGAGCUAUCAUUGCUCUCUUCCACUUGAUGGUGACACGGAACGAUAAGCUCCUCGCUUUGAAAGAGGCUUUCUAUCGUUCGACUGCGCCAAAUCUCACCAAUUUGCUCGCCACAGCUAUCGUGUUUUUCGUCGUUAUCUACUUCCAAGGAUUCCAGGUGAACCUACCCGUGAAGUAUCAGAAGGUUCGUGGUCAGACCGGCUCAUACCCCAUUAAGCUGUUCUACACCUCCAACAUUCCCAUCAUCCUCCAGACCGCUCUUGUUUCCAACCUGUACUUCUUUUCCCAAAUACUGUACAGAAGAUUCAAGAAUAACAUGAUUGUUAAUCUGCUUGGUCAGUGGCAAGAUGUGGAUAUGGCCGGCACUCAGUCGAUCCCUGUUGGUGGUAUCGCCUACUACAUCUCACCUCCCAACAGCUUCACUGACGCCAUCAGUGAUCCCAUUCAUGUCGUCGUGUAUGUGACAUUCGUGCUCACAAGUUGUGCUCUUUUUGCUAAGACAUGGAUUGAGGUUAGCGGCAGUAGCCCUAAGGAUGUAGCCAAGCAGCNNNNUUAUCGAUAUUUACUGCAUUCAGUUACCAUCAUCUAUCAGUAUUACGAGACACUGUACAAGGAGAAGGAGCAAGGGAAUAUGCUCUUCUAA